AGAGUACCGACGCUAAAUACGAUAACCGUUUCCUGUUUCGUUUGUUGUUGUCAGGUUCUAUUUCCGGUGUGGCCGCAGCUGUUUUCGGUUCCAAAAUGACCAAACUCCAGCUGCUGAACGCCUACCUGACGGAACGGCUGACCGUGGUGGUGAAGGAGAUCCUGGACGUGGUGGAGGACACGGUGACCGAGUACCGGGAGGAGGCCGCCAGAACCAAGCGGGAGAACGAGAGUCUGCGGAGGCAGCUGCGGGACAUCCUGCUGCUGGAGGCCGAGACCGAGUGGCUGAGGUCCGCCAGGUCCAGUCUUGGUUGUGCAGUUCCUGAGCAGCAGUCCAGUGAUCCGGAGCUGAGGUCCUGCUCAGAGGAGCCAGACUCCACCCUGAACCUGCCCCGACAGCCGCCAGCUAACACAGCCAAGCAGACGGAUGAGCGGGGGGUGUCUGUGCAGUUACUGUUGGCACAAAAUGAGACUCCUCCUGGACCGGGCCUCCUCCCAGGGGAUAAGAAGCCUGCCGAGGCCCGGGAGCCGGUACUGAAGCCCGACCCUCAGCAGGAGGCGAUGAGCAAGGCUUCACCUCUUCCCUCUCACUCCUCCCUUAAUCCUCCAUCUGCCCCGGGGCCCAAAAUCCACGUUGAGGUUCCAGCGCUCAAAGAGGAGCCCCAGGUUCCCGCUCUGUUCAAAACCGAACCUGAGGAAUACAAAGUGACUGAACCCGAAGGUCACACGGACUCUCCGACAGCGGCCGCACACGCUCGCAUCACGCAGGAAGAGUCCGGUUUCAGGACCACGGAUGCGGACGGGACGGCGGCGGCGCACGGGGACCGACAUGACGCUCAUCGAAACAAGACGUCCUCUCAGGAGAAGCCAGCAGUUACGGCUGAUGACGGUACGGUAGCAGGCUACGCCCCCGAGCUCGUCCAUCGCUGCCCCCGCUGCGGGGAGGCCUUCGGCCAGGCCAGCAGCCUCCGCCUCCACCUGGAGCAGAAAAGAAAGACCUACGCCUGCGACUGGUGCUGCAAGUCCUUCGCGCAGUCGGCGGACCUGCGGCGCCACCUGCGCACACACACAGGCGAGAGGCCGCACCGCUGCACCUUCUGCUCCAAGAGCUUCAGCCAGAGAGGGAACCUGAGGCGACACCUGAGGAUCCACACGGGGGAGCGGCCGUACAGCUGCCCGUACUGCUGCCGCACCUUCAGCGACGGAGACACCAUGAAGAAGCACAAGCGCACGCAUUCAGGGGAGAAACCCUACCGCUGCGUCCAGUGCUCCAAGACCUUCACCAGCGCCAGCGGCCUGCAGAUACACUUAAAGAAGGACAUGUGCUUUGUGGGUAACGCCUGACGGGUCAGGUCGGGAGAGAGCGGGGCCGCGGGGAGGCCUGGGUGCUGCUGAGGUCCGGUCUACGAAGAGACGCGUCGCUCGGCAGAAACAGCUAUCGGCGGGUUCCCGUUUGAAAACAUCGAGCGGCAGGGGGUAGAAAACGCGGCGCUGCGAGGACGUGAUAGGACGCUGUUUUGAUUAGUUGUGGUUAGUGCUUUAAGUCAAAACGCCAGCUAUCUCUGAGUCUCAGCUUCUCACCCGGGGGAAUUUGCUGCUUUUCUUUGUUGUGUACGAUGGCAAACGAAGAAUUUUAGGGCUUUAGGAAACUGUGAUGGGCAUUUUUACGAUUUACAGACUAAUUGAUUCAUCAAACAAUUGAAAAUACUUGACAAUUUAAAGUAUAAUAAGCAGUUGUUAGUUGCAGCGCUAAUUUCCAUUAUUUAGAAAUAGAGUAACUUGUUGGACACCAGUAAUUUUACUGUUUAGAGGAGACGUUUUAUCUGCACUCAUCCUUUUAUGUCCAAAAUGUAUCUACUACACGCCACAACUUUUGUCGGUUCCGUCUAGCGAACGGGAAACGUGGAAUUCCAGUGAGAGGUGGCAGCUCGUAGCAGUAGUAAUGCCUAGACUGAACCCACAGGUCCACAGGUGGAGAGAAGCGACCUGCGAGCGUCCCGGAACAUCAACCAGCGGCGCGGGUUAAAGCACAGACGCCGCCACCUCACGAACGUAACUCCAACACGGACAAGGUGACGGUAGUUUAUAUUAAAGUAUCGAACGCAAGAUAUGUCGAGACGGCAGAAAUGUGAGAUUCCUGCAGAAAGUCAGACUGCAGCGUGAGCAGCUAGGAACUGCAGCCGCAUCGGUCUGCGUCAGUCCGGCAUUUAAUGAGCACUUGUUACCAGUCACACGGGAUCAGAAGAAGAGAUUAAACCUUAGAAGCACAACGUGAUGCAUCAGCCUGCUGCUCUUUCAGCUGUUACCUACAGUGACUGUGUGUGUGUGUGUGUGGGGGGGGUUCCUUCAUUACAUUUUCCACCCUUUACUUGUGAUUCCUGCAGUCAAAGGCCAGGAAUCAACUUCACACGUCUCCGGUUUGUUUUCUACCCCCUGCGUGCACACGCCUCUCACUUGGAAACGCGUCUAAAUGAUCGUGAGGAUGCGGCUGAGAACAGCGGGGCUGCGCCGGGGCGGCAGCCUUGGAGGAAACGGCACACGUGGGUCUGUGGAGCCUCAGCGGGCAGCCAGUGAGAGGAGAGAUGAGGAGUCCGGAAAAAAACGAUUUCACGCUGCAGCUGACUUGGUGCUUUAUUGGCAGCUACACGGUUGCACUGACUGACAUCAUCCAUGCCUUCAUGGUAAUUUAUCUACAGUAUUUAUUUCUAUUUGAUUUUUACUGCCGUGCCGAUAUGUGGACCCUGGACACGUGUGAUCCUCGGGGGCCUGAACCUGUCCCUCCCACCAGAUUAAGAACGGUCCCCCGAGUCAGGACACAGCUCUUACCUUCAGUUUGGAUUAAGGACAAGUGUCCACAUUUCUCCUCUGCAGCUGGAGAAGUCUUUCAAAUGACAAAGCCUCGUCCACAUUAGGACAAAUCUGGUCCAGAUAUGUGGAUGUCGGAGGAGCCGGCACCACCUUUAAACCAGAACCCAGACCAGGAAUAAGCGAAAUAACAUCGAAGUCAAGCCUCAAUUUGCAGUUAUCAUAUAAUAAGGAAAAAGGUUGCUGUAACUGCACCUGAUAAUACAGGAGUAAUUAAUCUUCUCCCUUUCAUUACUAAUACAGAUGAAGACUCUAAACCCACUGGUGUGUGUGUGGGAAACUCUGUCUUCUUCUUCUGUUUCUCUUCAGCUCAGCAGAGUUCAGAAACUAGUCUAUGUUCAGUGAGACAGUGGUGACGGUUACAUCCUCUGAAAGCAGCAGUGGUCGUCAGUAAGACAAAUGAUUUAUCAUUCAGUUACCACACUUCUCUGAGUUCACUGUGCAUUAGUUACGCCCCCACCUUCGCACAGAUCGUACCUUUCGAUUCAGAUGUGACUGAGGCAGAUCAGUGUUUCUGGGUGUAUGGAUGCCUUCAUAAUCCCAGUGGGAAAUGAUAAAAAUAAGCGCCUGUGGUGACAUCCAGAGAUGCCGAGGCAACAGCUGGAAGUGCAGCUGGAAACCCCAAA